AUGCCGGUCGAAGAAUGUCGUAUUCAGUGCUGGCAUAUCAAGAAUCCUCAAAGCCUGGUCAGAAAUCUCCAGAUAUUCUGCAGGAAAAACAACAUUGAGAUUCAGAGCCUUGAGAUGAGAAACGACGAAUACAUCAUUGGGAUCAGGCGGCUGCCAGCUACUUGGGCGAAAAAAGGCAAGAUACUGUCCAGGCAACGGCUUAUCAUCAACCCCUCAGCUGACCGUAUGCCUGCAGAGAGUAAGCAUGCAUGCAUGUGUUUUCGGAGAAUAGUUGCACAUUGGUAG